UAUAAGGACAAUACGUGUCCGUAUGUCCGUUUUGUGUUAAGUGCUGCUCAUUGCUUGCUAAAACAGGAUAGACUAUACGUGCGGUUGGGGGCACUCAACAUAAAUGAUCCCGCCGCUGUUUACAAUGUCAUUAAGGUCUUUCCACACCCUGAAUUCGUUCCAUUGCGAUUCCGAAGUGAUAUAGGACUGCUUCAACUGUCGGAUAGUAUCAUCUACACAGUUCGGGUUCAACCAAUUUGCAUCUUUUUGGAUCCAAGACUUAAAGGCGUUGUUGAAAACUUGAAAACGUUUACAGCCCUUGGCUGGGGAUAUAAGAACGGAAAUGUGAGCACAAUGCUGCAAACCAUCGAUCUUCUACACUUCAAUCGAAGCGAUUGCAAAAGCACAACGUACUUUCAUAUCGAUACAAGACAGAUUUGCGCUGGAAUCCAUAAUGGAGACACCUGUACGGGCGGUUCUGGGGGUCCAUUGACCACGCGAAUAAGGUUUCCUUUAAAUCAGAUUUAUGAGGUACAGUUAGGAAUCUUAAGCUUUGAGGGUGCAGAAUGCAAAGGAGUGUAUACCGACGUGACCAGCUAUGUGGAUUGGAUCUUAUUAACAAUACAUAGCCAUGACAACCCAUCAAUCGGCAGGUCCGAGGGAGACAUUGCCAUGCGCAAUCCCAUUGUUCCUGACUCUAAUCCUGCGGCUACGCCACCACUUCCUCCGAUGUUGUACAAUAACUGCAGUCAGAAUAUCGAUGCACCGAUUGCGCAGCUACAAAUUUAUUGGCCUGGAUCUUAUGCCGUUGGCGUGUUAAUAACAGAUCAAUUGAUCAUCGCUGCUGCCACAGACUUGCCUCUAGAUGCUGCCUAUUUAUACGUGUUCGUAGUUCUCGAUGGGAUAAACGCAGUCUACCAAAUUGAAUCGGUUUCAAAGCACCCAAGAUUUACUACGAAUGAUUACCAGAAUGACAUAGCAGCACUCAAACUUGUUCGAACAAUAAGCAGCAAUGUAAAGAAACCCAUCUGCAUUUUGACAACUCAAAUGUACCAGCAAAGCGCCGAAAAGGCUCAAGAAUUGAAUGUAGUUGAUACAGUGUUAGCUAAACAAUUCGACGUCAAGCUUAUGGAACGCAACCAAUGCGCGGAACAUCUCGGAUUUCAAAUCAACGAAAAUCAAGUGUGCGUGGAUGAUCCAUCCGACACAAGUAAUCCCCGCCAGAAACGUAGCUACAUAUUGGUAGGACGUAUGAAUGCCAAUGGCCAGAUUCGCUACAUUUUGUUUGGCAUUUUAAGUUUUUCAUCGAACAGCAUACUCGUUUUUACGAAUGUUAUGAGGCACACAGAUUGGAUUCGUUCCUUGUUAUAAUCGUUAUAUAUUCCAUUGAAAGAUAUUUAAAUGCCUUAAACAUGUAUAAGCACGUGUAAAUACCAAUUACUGACAUACGAGUAGUUGGUUCAUGUAUUAAUAAUAAAGUAACAUACGCAUAA